AUGGAGGAGAGCGGACAGGAAAAUUAUGACUUCUACUGGCUCGGACGAAGACCAUGCCGAACUGUGAAGGUGCUGGGCAUGAUUGUGGGGAUCCAGGUCUACGAGAAGAGAAUCAUCUACUCUAUUGACGAUGGAACAAGCGUCAUCGACUGCAAUCACCUUCACACUGCUCCCAAGCAGUCUCCGCAGAGAGGAACAGCAUCAUCCAGAUACGAGAUGCCCAAGAAAAUUGAACCACCUUCAGCCCCGAAACCUAUUGGUAGAAUAGGCAAGUUUGUUAUGGUGGUGGGGAGAGUCCGUGGCUUCCAUGAGUCAAGGCAAAUCAUGGUUGAUGACAUCGAAUUAUGCUCUCCGAACGACGAACUGCUACACACAAGGCUCGUUCAACACCUCCACCGCACCUUGUACAAUCAAACAGAGCCAUUUGUUAUCCCACCUCCGUCCAACACCCCUAGCUUUUCAACGCCUGUAAAGAAAAAGCAGCCAUCUACGCCGUCCAUCAUGCAAUCAAGCCCACCUUCCUCUGUCUCGUCUAGUCCUGUCAAGCCUGAACCUGCUACCUACCUCGGUCCUAUUUCUCCUCCUAAAUUCCGACACCCCUCUCGACUGCAUGCACACGAUCUCACAGAGAAUACGUUUCGCAUUUAUGUUAAACAUUACAUGGAUUAUGCACCUCCUCCCCAGGAUCAUAAUGACACUGGGUGCGAUUCCGAUGACGGAAUCGGUAGUUCAAUAGCUCAAAUCCCUUCAACGCCUACUAAGCGUCCCCGAAGCUUCGAGUCAGAGGAAACACCCCGGCAACCUAGGUCUCGCGCCAGCCUCGACACCACCCCCAAAGCUCGCAUGGCUCCUCAGAGUUUCGGUUCGAGAAUGUCAUUUACCACCUCCCGAUUUGGUUUCUCGUUAUCCUACCUCCGUCGCGUGCCAGAACUUUCUCUGCUUGCAUAUCGCGUCGUCGAAGCAGUGAAUCGAAGACGACAGCGAGAAGAGCGCAAGAAACUCAAAGCAGCAGGGGUCAUCUCGCGGACAUCGCGCACUGCGCAGAAGUCGAAAUCAUCUUCAACAUCCUCGUCACUCGUGCCCGUCCCACGAGACAAGCUUCCAGGAAAGAUGAAGCGCCUGUUCCAGUGGGCGAUCAUCAAGCUCCUCGAGGAAGGUUCCAUCGUGCUCUGGGACGGGCCAGUGCGGUCUUUCCGCGCCUCCUCGAGCAUCCUGAACGCGAGCCGUCUCUGGAAGAACAGCAAUACGUCAGACUCGACCCUCCUGGGUGACAGCACCCUCUUCAGCUCAAGUACCACCUUACCACUUACAGCCGUCGACGAGGAAGACGCAGGAAACCUCUCUGACCCUCCGCCAAAUGAAGAGGCCUACGUCUCGCUGACCGGGGAGUACCUCGCUGACUACGUCGAAGGUGCAAUCAAGAUCCUCGUUGACCACUAUGCAAAGCUCGGCAAGCCGUAUGCUGGCGCCACGAAGGAGGGUAUUCUGAGUGUUUUGAGGAAGAAGGAUGAUCAGUGGCGGCACUUGGGUGAGUGGACCGUAGAGGAUGCUCUGGCUAUGUUGAAUAAGGAAGGGAGAGUAUGGAGUCUGGGAAAUGGGAGGUGGGAUUUAACGGACUGA